GGCGGCGGAGCGGCGGAGCGGCGGCAGCGCGGAGGCGGGGGCCGGGGCCCGGGGGGCGGCGGCGGCCCAGCAGCAGCAGCAGCAGCAGCAGCGCCCGCCACCGCAUGCCCGGGCGGGCCGAGGCGUCGCCGUCCAUGCGGGGCGGCGGGGCGUGAGGCGGCGGCAUGAGCCAGAGCGAGGUGUCGCCGUGCGCGGCGCCGCCGCCCAGCCAGCGCGUCUUCCAGGAGGCGGUGCGGCGCGGCAACACCAAGGAGCUGCAGUCGCUGCUGCAGAACAUGACGAACUGCGAGUUCAACGUCAACUCCUUCGGGCCCGAGGGGCAGACGGCGCUGCACCAGUCCGUCAUCGACGGCAACCUGGAGCUGGUUAAGCUCCUGGUCAAGUUCGGCGCCGACAUCCGCCUGGCCAACCGGGACGGCUGGAGCGCCCUGCACAUCGCCGCCUUCGGGGGCCACCAGGACAUCGUCCUCUACCUGAUCACCAAGGCCAAAUACUCCGCCGGCGCCCGGUGAUGCCGGGGCCGCCCCCCCCCCCCCCCCCGCCCCGCGUCCCCGGCCGCCAAAGCUGCUCCCACCCCCGCGUGGGGUUUAUUUGGCGAAGAUUUGGGGCCCCACGCAAAACACGCCACCAUUCGCCUGCUUUUAAAAAAAAAUUUUUUUUUUUUUCCUUCCAAGGGUUGUUUUCCUACUGUAAUAUGUUUUUAUUUUGUUUUGGGUUUUUUUUUUUUUUGUUGUUUUUUUUUUUUGUUUGUUUUUUCCUCCAUCUACCUCGGCUGCACUCACAGUAUUCACGGUUUCAGUUUGACAUCUGGUCAGAUGCUUUAAAGGCUCACCCCGUCCCCUCCCCGCUAAUAUUUAAUCCUCCCUCUCCACUCCCCUCGCUCCCAUCCCUCCGACUUAAAGUAUUCUGGCUCAGAAACAAAUUCAUUUCAACGGUCCCCGGGAGCCCCCCUGCCUGUCCCCGCGGUGGCCGGGGGGUGCUGGUGUCCCCUCCCGGCGCGCAGAGCGGUGCCAGCCCUGGGAGCGACACCCCGGGCCGGGCCGGGGGCUCCCGCCCGCCCUGGCGAGGAAGAGCGGGAAAGUCUUCCUCCUCUUGCAAGCUUCUCCCAGUGUUUUCCCACCACUGAAUUUUUUUUUUGUUUUUAUUCCAUCCCCUCCCCAAGGUGACUCCAUUGGAAUAUGACAGACAAGGUUUUCUCACCCCGAUUGCUCUUUUUUUUUGUUUGUUUUAUUUCACAUUGAGUUUUCUGCUUUAGUUUUCUUUUUUUUUUUUUUUUUUGGGUGCCUGAAGAAAGUCUGCAUCCUCACCCACUCCUUGAAUCCAUUUAGCACGCAUGAGAUCCCAGGAAAAGACAUUGAAUCCUUCUGGUUCUGUAUGUAAAGGGGGAUUAGAAAAUCCUGGACUUUUUUUUUUCUUUUUUUUUUUUUUUUUUUAAAUAAAAGUGAAAUAAACUCUAGAGGCAGAGGAUUUGCUUUUGCACAGAAAAGGGGCGCGAGCGCUCUCUGCUGCCUAGAGAGAUGCCGGAAAACUACUGAAAAUAGUUUGGGAACUUUAUUUUUUUCUUUUGGUGAAACUUGGAUAACACUUCUCAAUGCAGAACGAUUCAUUUGAUGUAUGUAGAUUCACCUGCCUUUUAUAUUAUAUAUAUGUCUAAAUAUAUAUAUUUAUAAAAGAAAGGGAGGAAGAAGAGAAAGCCACCCGAAGUCGCAUUUUGAAGUGACUGCACGUAUAAUCGCAAAUGCUGCUUUUUAUUGCUAUGGCACAAGAACAUCCAUUUGGAAAAUGCGGAAAAUUUCAGAAGUCUCCUUUCUCCCACUGGUCUUUCAGCCCUCUUCUCUUCGUCUGCACUAAAACCAUCCGUAUCACUGCCAUCUCCCUGCUCUUUCUUCUCUUGCUCCCUGCAUCCAAACCAUUAUGAUUAAAAAAAAAGAAAAUAGUUACCUGCUGGUUUAUUUGGGUUGUGUCUUAACUAUUUAUCAUGUAUGUAUAUAUUUGUGGGUGAAGAUUGUGAGCCUGGUUUUGUUUGAAGCUGGUGGUGAGUGUUUCAAAAAUAUGGUUUGGGAAAUAUGCUUUUUUUUUUUCUCCUAGUCUUAAAACUAAAAAAACUUGAGUCUGCAUGAUUUUCCAUUGCACUGAAUAUUCUGCUUUGUCUCUGAUGGUUUCACCUGCAGUUUGGUUUUGGUUUUUUCCACUUCAACAAUUUGAGAUGAUUUUUAAAAGCUCCAGAUUUGAAGAAGAAAACGAAAAAAAGCUCUGUCGAAGGUGUCUACUGUUAAUGCUGUAAUUUGCAAGGAAUUGCUUGGCCGAAGUCUUUCUGUGAGCAUGGAAGGGAGUGUCCAGCACUUCCACUGGUGCUUCUGUGCGAUAGUUACGGGGUGGGAACAAGAUCUUUUCUAGCAAGGUUUUAUCAUCGUUACCAGAUGGUUGCACAUUUUUUUUUUUUUGACUAAAUGGAUUUGCCACAAUGAAAUGUCAUAACAUUUAUGACAUGAUAUUAAAAAGUGUAUUGUAAAGCCAAGUUCUAGAUGGAUUUUUAAAAAGAAAUCUUGGUUAUAAACCCAGUCUAAAGGGAGCUCUGUCCAGUGUUGUAAAGACAACAUGAUGUAACCCAUAUUUAUAUUUUUAUAAAAUACCUAUUAAGACUGUGAAUCUCCUGUGUGAAUUGCUGGGUGAGUUGUUUAAGAAAAGUAUUGUUCCUUUCCAGCCUCCUGGAGCUUUAGACACGCUGAGAUUUUGGGAAACUGUACGUCGGGGAAGGGGGUUUGCUCUGAAAUUGUGAGUUGAUGUAUUUUUACAUCCCUUUGUAUUUUACUGAAAAGCUGCUGCCCUUCCUAGUCCCUAAAGUUUCAAUUUUCUAUGCAACCCCCACACUCCCCCGUCUCUCUUGAUCCUGAGAAGUAAAAGGGAUGCAGAUUGAUUCAAAUUGAAAUGAGGGUUCCCCCACCCCCCUUGUUGGCUCAUCGUGCUGCUGACCCUUCACGCCAAAACGGGGAGUACAA